UGACCUUGACUUUGGGUGUAGGGGACUGAGCUCUGCAAAGUGAUGGUUAAUUGCUCUCAGGUGCCUGGUCUGGGUGGGCGGGAAGGUAGGGAGAUUAUCAGGGGUCAGGGGAGGCUUCCUGGAGGAGGUGGUGGUUUUACUGGGCCUAUAAGACUGAGUAGGAGUUCUCAUCCUUUAGGAUGCUGUGAUGGGGUUUGACAAUUGUUUUGCAGGUGCCCUAGGAACAACAUAGUCAAAGGGUUAAGCCGAGAGGCUGGACGCAAGGCCCCCGCCCUCUUGCUGUGAGCUCUGCUGUUCUUAGGGGAGCCAUGAAGCUGAAUGAGAGGAGCGUGGCCCACUACGCGUUGAGCGACUCUCCGGCCGACCAUACGGGCUUUCUGCGCACCUGGGGCGGGCCAGGGACUGCACCGACCCCCAGUGGCACCGGCCGGAGGUGCUGGUUUGUCCUCAAAGGCAACCUGCUGUUCUCCUUUGAGAGUCGUGAGAGCCGGGCCCCGCUGAGCCUGGUGGUGCUAGAGGGCUGCACGGUGGAGCUGGCUGAGGCUCCCGUGUCCGAGGAGUUCGCCUUCGCCAUCUGCUUCGACGCCCCUGGUGUGCGCCCACACCUGCUGGCGGCCGAUGGGCCCGCGGCGCAGGAGGCCUGGGUGAAGGCCCUGUCCAGGGCCAGCUUUAGCUACAUGCGCUUGGUGGUGCGCGAGCUGGAGAGCCAGCUGCGCGAGGCCCGCCACAGCCUGGCCUUGCAUCGCCGCUCAUCCUGGAAGGCCACUGGCAGCCACUGUAAGCCCCAGGCUCCUGACCGCCGGUCUCCAGGCCUGGAAAACGGUUACUCCCACUCCAAGGAUUGCAGCCCCGUGGACUUGGUUGAAGAAAGGGGCAGCAAGCCAGCGGGGCAGGGCUUGGCUGAGUGGCAGGGCCCGGCCAGCCUCUACCUGGACGGGAGGCAGAGCCCCGCAUUCCCUGAGACCUCCUACUUUUCUACCCUGCACAACUGGUACGGCCAGGAGAUCAUGGAGCUGAGGCAGAGGUGGCUGUGGAGGGUCUGGGGGAGCCGGCCAGCUCAGGAGAAACAGGAUGGGCCCUGAGCCUCAGCCCUUGGGGGUUCUGCCUUUAUCCUGCAGGUCAGGAUUCAGUGUUUAUUCGGUUUCAAGUUGCUUUUUUUUUUUUGAGAGGGUUCUUUCCUUCCUGCUUUUUAGUCCUUCUCCAGGUUCCAGAUCCACCCUUGUGCCUGGACGGGACUGAGGAAUCAUUCCUUCCAGCACCUUUAUUUCCUGAGGCCCAGAGAGGAAGGGGGCUUGCUUGGUAGCCAUGGAGCCUGACCAAGUCUCCUGCCGUUCUGCUGGACUGCCGCUCUGGCAGGGGACACUAGUCAAAUGGUGGAAAUGGGGAAUAUUAUGUGGCCAUAGAAUGCUACCUACACACCAGACUCUACAACCACAACUUCCUACACAGGGAGCCUUGUGUACAUUUAAAUACCAGAAGUUGGAUGAAGCGUUGGCUUGGGGAGCCGA